UUCAACUUCUUAAUUAACAGGAAUUCUCAUAUAUAAUCCCAUCUAGAAAUAGUUUUUCUAUAACAAAGAUCAAGAAAAGAGAGAAGAAAUGGAGAGUAGAAUUACAUCUCUCUACAUUCUGGCCCUCCUUGUUAUUUCUUGUAUUGUUCUGUUUUGCAAUGCUCAAGAAGUAGAGAAUGAAAGGGAGUUUGAUUAUGGGGCAAAAAGUGAAAAGGGUCCAAAAAAUUGGGGAACGAUGAAAAAAGAAUGGGGUGCAUGCAACAAUGGCACUUUGCAAUCUCCAAUAGAUAUGUCAAAUGAAAGAGUAAAAAUAAUUUCAAAGCCGGAAAAUAGGAUUUACAAAGUUGGUAAUGCAACUGUCAAGAAUAGAGGGCAUGAUAUACAAAUUGAGUGGAGUGGUGGUGCUGGAUCACUAUUCAUCAACGGCACCGAUUACCCUCUCGAGUAUGCCCAUUGGCACUCUCCCUCAGAGCACACUAUCAACGGCCGGAGGUACGACAUGGAGCUGCAUUUGGUGCACCUAAGCACAAAUCCUAAUCUGAAAAAUAGGAUAGCUGUCGUUGGAAUCUUGUACAAGAUCGGAACGCCUGAUCAAUUUCUUUCCAAGUUAAUGGCAAAUAUAUCUUCGAUCGUUGAUAACAAGGAUGAAGAGAGUGCUUUGGGAAUGGUGGACCCCAACGAGAUACAGUUUGGUAGCAAAAGAUUUUACAGAUAUUUGGGGUCACUCACAGUCCCUCCAUGUACAGAAGGAGUUAUUUGGACCCUUAAUAAAAAGGUGAAGACUGUUUCCAGAGAUCAAGUUAGGUUGAUGAGAGAAGCUGUUCAUGAUUACGCGGAGGAAAAUGCUAGGCCGUUGCAGCCUCACAACAACCGGGAUUUGUACCUUUAUGGCCCAGGGGAUUCCAACUGAUUAUGAGUUUGACACAUGUAAACAUAAUAGUGGUAAUGAUUUUGAUGAGUUUCUUUAAUAUAGUUCAAAUUCAUCUUUUACUUAA